AUGCCAUCUCCUGCGACGCCGCGUGCCUCCAAAGGAGCAACAAAGCCGACCCCAAAGGUCCUGGAUAUCGGAGAGCCCCUGGGGCUGCACGACACCAAUACCGUUCGCUCGCGAGUGCGAAAAUGGCAACAACAAGGUGGCGGUGUGGUGACUGUCGACGACCCCUACGCCGACGAUGAAAAUGAACCGAAACCAAAAGCGAAGCCGGCCAAGGCCAAGGCCGAAAAGCUGGAACAGCCCAAAGAAAAGCCCAUGCAGACGAGAAAGCGCAGCCACAGUACCCCGCGUAAACGAGUGGUGAGCGACGAACAUUGGAAGCGAACGCGGAAUCGAGCUUCGACCCAGUCCUCGCGUAACUUGCCCCCGCCCAAGCGCAUUUCGGAAUACACCACCAAUGAGGGACAACCCAGGGUGUCACGGCACAAACGGGUAGACAGCGAGGAUGAGAGCGACCUGGGUCGCGAUCUGCCUCGAUUCCAGGUCAAGCGGGGGACGGGGCCUAGGUCUCCUGUGCGAGACCCGAGAUCUGCUCGAAAGACCAUCGAUACAAUCACCGAGAGUGACUACGAAACAGACAACGGCAAAACGGUGGAACCUUCGGUCAUAUCGGAUCGACUCAAGACACGUUCACCUCCACCGGAGGAUGCUUGGGCUACGAGCGAGGCGGACUUCUCUGAACUAUCGAAGCGACGGGCACGCGGUGCGCCAAAGCCGCCCAAGGGUGGUAUCUUUGCUCAUAUGAUUGACGAGUCGAAGAAGAUCUUCGCCAAAGCGGAACCAGAACCCCCGAGGCCAACGCCAACACCGACUACUGGUCGCGGGGCCAAGAUUGAGGCCUGGCUUUCGGAUACACAAGAUCCGUUCAUGGAAAGAGAUGACAAGAGUGAUAUGCCUGCCCCUCUCGAUCUCAAGUCUGGUCGAGCCCGGCGAUCGCAAAAGCUCGCGGAUGGAGAGUCGCCCGGUACCCAGUCUGAGCCAUCCAUGACUAGUGAGCGUCCAAAGAGUUCCGAAUCUCGCCCGAAAAGCGCUAUUAGCCGGCAUUCAAAAGGGAAAGACUCCGUCUCCUCGACAGACAAGCCAACGAAAUCGCAAGAUCGAGAGACGGCAGAGCCAAAGCGCGUGAGCACCGAUCAUUCAACCAAGCCAGCUGCGAAGACCAAGGAAGCCUCUGCUCAAGAGAAGCCACGCAAAGAGAGCAUCGGAAAAUCUGGGUCUGAAUUGCAGCCCUUCUCAGACGACGGCUCUGAGGUUUCCGCCAACAAUGCCCCUGUGCCGCUUGGUCGCAAGAAGCCAUUCCCAAGUACUGGCUAUAACCGACUCUCGACAAUUGCAUCCUCCGAAACCCUGAGCACCACAAUAUCAGAAAUCACCUUGCCUGUACAAAAGUCUACACCUGCAGAGAAGCGCGUACCAUCACUGGCCGAAGAGCCCGAGGACGCUGAGGAGGCUGAGAAAACAGAUCAGUUCGAUCCUGACUCGCUCCCUGUUGUCUCUUCCCAAUUGAAAAGACGAUUGACUACUCAUAAUGAUCUCAUGUCAGUCCUGUCAGUGUCGGUUUCUCGAAGAGGAAGUACCCGCUCAAACCGAAGCAUACGGACUAAUAAGAGCCGUCUUGCCGCCGCAACGGUCGAAGAUUUGCUUCAUGAGCUAUCAGGCGACGAGACAAAGUACAUGCGCGAGUUGAAGACCCUGGUCGGGGGUGUGAUUCCAGUUCUUUUGACCUGUGUACUCUCCCGUUCUGACUCGGCGAUUGCAGCAGGAUUGUUCCGGCCGUCUUUAGAUCCCGAAGAUGACGUGAACUUUUCCAAGCCCAUCGUCAAUAUGGGCGUGGCGAUCGAGCGACUGAAGAACCUCCACAAGCGUAUCCCGCAGGAUAACGCAGAUGCUCUCCUGACUUGGGCACAGGGUGCCCAGAGGGUGUAUCGUGAGUACCUCAAAGCAUGGCGUCUUGGUUUCAAGGAUGUCAUCGUCAAUCUUGCUCCUUUGGAAGAAGGCGAUGACAAAGACGCCGAUACAAAGAGCCUGGAUGAAGGCUUAGAACGUGAUGAGAACGGUGAUAUCAUCGACGCAGACGGAGGCAAGGUCGAUGUGGCUUAUUUGCUGAAGCGGCCGCUGGUUCGGCUCAAAUAUCUGGCCAAGACCUUCAAGGGCAUCAAUGUGCUCGAGCCAACCCCCAAGGCCGAAGAGACGGCUGUCGCAUAUCAGAGCCUUGUGGCUGAUGCUAGGAAGCGUGUGCGGGACGAAAGGGCGAGGCUGGAAGAUGAUUCUGCUGCUAGUAUCGACCCUACCCGAACACGAGAUCCAAUGACCCUAGGUGUCCUACAUGGUAUUGCCAUUGAUCAGUCUCGCCGCGUUCGUGCCCGUGACUUCUUUGGUCUGUCUCUGUAUCAUUCCAGUGGACAGCUCGUGGACUGUCGUGCCGAAUUACUCUAUCGAGACAACACCUCAAGCAAGGGCCCUGGAGGCGACCUUCUUAUUUGUGAGAUAGAUCAUUCGGAUCGUUGGCUUUUAUUCCCUCCAAUGGACCUUCGAUGUGUGUCAGCUCGCCGGGGCGAAUCUAAGCAUGAGAUUGUCAUCAUGUUGCGCAGCGCCCCGGAUGACCCUACAAAGUACUGGCAAGAGCUGAUUUCACUCCGCAUUGACGAAGAAGAAGUUGGAACCGAAUGGAUAUCGCUCUUGGGAUCGGAUCCUGUCCCUCCAUCAAUUUGUCGAAGCCAAAGCUUCAUCAGCCGCGCCAAGCAGAACAAGGCUCGAAAGCCCACAAACAGUUCCUCGCCAAAGCCAAACCCCAGUGAUGUUGAUAUUCCAAUUGGCGAGAAAGCUGCUAAGCGGCGUUCCCUCACACAGAAGGAACACUUCUCUGAGCCAAGCACGAUAAGCUCCGCUGCCGACGGACGAAGCUCCAUGUACUCCGCUGCUACCAAGGACACUGAAUACACAGCCGCUAGCUCAGAACUGUCCGGGAAGCCCGUCCGCCCAGACUUGCCUCUUCUUCCUUCAACCGACGCGAGAAACCCAUCAUCUAGCCCCGAUAAGAGCUCCACAGGUCUCAAGCGGUCCAAGGCCAAGCGGUUCUCAAGAUAUGGUGAUACACCAGGUGAAUCCGGAUCCCCGAAAAGUGCUGUUUCCGAGAAGGGCCCCGAAAAGCCUUUUGAGAAUGUGCCCGACGAGAGUGUCGCUGCAUCCCCUCAGCCCAGCACGCCAACGGGUGCCAGAUUCUAUGGCAGUGAUGCGGAUCAGUCUCCCAGCAAGGCGGCCCCAAGAGAGAAGUCACGCUCGCGCAUACCCCAGCCUCAAAAGACUCCCGUCAAGGAGCCUGAGCCGGAAUCUCCAAGGGUUUCAUCUGUGCCCUCGACAACCCUUCCGUUGAUCCCCAAGAUCCGGACACCGAGUAGCCAAACCCAUCUGUCCACUCCAACAAGCCUUGGCCCUGAAGAGGAGGAAGACUACCCUCCACUUGAGUCCCUGCCUAAACACCAGGAACUUCCUGAAACACCUUCGAGAACCAGAAGAAAGAAGUCGCGCAGACGUCCGAGAUAUGAUGACAGUCCUCCACCUCCCCCGCCUCACCGAUCAUCUAGCCCUGCCAAUGACAAGCGCUCGAGUGCCCCGGUCCUCACCUCUAGUGGCGGGCUCAAGAGACGUGGUUCUUCGCCUCUUAAGCACGAAUAUGAACCAUCAACUGCAUCCGACUACUCCGAGACAGACUCAGAUGCGUCCACAGUGCGCCACUACUCCUACUCUUCAUCCGAAUACUCGAGGUCAGCAGACUUUACCGACUCCGAAGAUGACUAUUCAUCGGUGUCUGAAGACGAUGACUAUGACGAUACCCCGAAGCCAGACAUUCCUGAUGCAGCAACGGAAGCCAAUUCCCUCUCGCAUUCCAACUCUGCAUCCCAAAGCGGCUACCGCGCUGUGCCUCUGCAGCCAACCAAGACAUCCAAGGCAAUUGCAUCUGUCUUUGCCUGGUCUAACAAGGGCAGCUGGGAGACUUUGAUUCCUGAUGAAUGCACUAUCGUCGUUAGCCCUGGCUUGAUCGAGGCCUUCACCUUGGGAUCCGAGCCGGAUCCAAACUCAGACUCCGAAUCCUCGAGGCCACUCAUCUCCCUCGAGCUGACACCUCUCGUUCCCAUCCGCCGCGGAACAGCCAUUGACAUUAGUGUCCGCUCCCCGCCUACCGAGCGAUCCAAGAUCACCUCAAGUAACAACAUCAUGUUCCGCUCCCGUAGCCCGGAUGAGUGCGACGCCCUCUAUGGCCUCAUCAACCAAUCCCGCAUCAACAACCCAACCUACAUUGCCCUCCAGAAUGCCCGAGGCCCCUUCAACGACAACGCACCGGUCUUCGAACCCGCCGCCAAGUCAGGCGGCCUCUUCGGCUGGCCCCGUCGUCGCAAGAGCUACCGUGCCUCCAGCUCUCCCCGUUCUCUAGCCGAAGGCUCAGAAAGCAGUGUUGGAACAAUGAGCUCCGCCUUCUCAGCCCUUAAGCGCUUUGGAGCCUCCAGCAAAAUGUUCAACAUCUCCCGCUCGACAAUCGAAUCCCGCCGCGAAGGAUCCGUCUACUCGGAAUCCAACGCACCAAACGCAAACACAGGCAUCGGCCGCAUCGCGGCCGCAAUCAAGGGCGCCGACGGAAUCGGUCUCUCAAAUGCUAAGAUUCGUCUCUACGCUCGCGAAUCUGCCUCCAAGUGGCGCGAUCUCGGCGCUGCUCGCAUGACCAUUAUGCCUGCGCCACCUGCCACUACCCCCCGUCCUAGUACUAGUAGGAGUGACUCGAGUAUUCAGCCCGAUGAAUCUUCGCCUCCGGCUUCUGGUGCGGCGUCCCCGCGUCGUGCGAUGGAGGCCGAAAAACGGAUCGUCAUUCGUGGUAAGACGCGCGGCGAGACGAUGCUGGAUGUUUGUCUUGGUGAAGAUGCAUUUGAGCGCAUUGCUCGGACUGGUAUUGCGGUUUCGAUUCGUGAAGAGAAUGAGGAGGAAGGUGUUGCGCAGAAGGGUGGGGUGGCUACUGGGUCUGGCAAGAUCUACAUGAUUCAGAUGAAGAGUGAGGCCGAGACGGCUUAUACUUUUGGUCUUGUUGGAAAGCUGCGGUAUUGA